CUUUUUUCGUGUUCUUUUUGCUUUCCUUCUCUUAUCUUUCACAUAUUCCCUUCAACUCACCUGUGGCCAGUUCUAAAUAGCCUUUAGGGGCAUCUACACUAGCACUCGUUAUCUCUUUCCGAUUCAAUUCCGCAUCACGCUCAAAAGUGGAAGCAUACAAAUAGUCACAUUACAUUGAACAAAGAUGACUAUGUCAACGAGUUCUUCUAUCGCUCAUUCAGAACAACUGAAGCAACGUCGAUCAAAUAACAAUGACGCAGAUAUCAACACAGAUGUCAUGUUGGCUGACAAGCUGCUAAACCAAGAAUGUAACCAUUCUGGAGAAAACAAAGUUAAGCAUGUGUACUCCUCAGGAUUUGUGCAACAUUUACCAUCACAACAACGGAGUAGCGUUUUUUCAAAUUGGGAUUGGAUUCUUUCUACAGCCUUGACAUUGUGGGCCUGUUAUAUCAGAUUAUGGAAGCUGUAUCAACCUUCAUCUGUGGUAUUUGAUGAAGUACAUUUUGGUGGUUUCGCUAGUAAAUACAUCAACAAGAAAUUUUUCAUGGAUGUCCAUCCUCCGUUGGCUAAAAUAUUGAUUACUUGGGCCGCUCAAGUCGCUGGCUUCGACGGACAGUUUGAUUUUAAAAAGAUUGGCAAGGAUUAUAUUGAACCUAGAGUGCCAUAUACUCCUAUCCGUGCUUUUUGCGCAUUGAAUGGUGUCAUGCUAGUUCCUUUCGCUUAUUGGACUAUGCGCGGUUGCGGUUACUCAAUGCCUACUGCAAUUUUGACAGCUGCUAUGAUCUUAUAUGAGAAUGGUUUUAUUACGAAUAAUCGUUUGAUCCUGUUGGAUUCAAUUCUCUUAUUCUUCACCGCGUUCACUAUACUCGCUUGGAUUAAUUUUCGCAGAUACACCCAUAGACCAUUUACACUAAAGUGGUGGAAAUGGAUGGUCUUGACAGGUAUUGGAUUAGGAUGCACCGUCAGUUCGAAAUGGGUUGGAUUAUUCACUAUUGCUAUGAUCGGUGUAUCUGUAAUACACGACUUGUGGGUGAUCUGGGGCGAUAAAAGAAACACCGUGGCAAGAUGUGCUCAACAUUUCUUGGCUCGUGCCAUUUGUUUGAUCAUCAUUCCCUGUUCCAUCUACCUAUCGCUUUUUAAACUGCAUUUUGAUAUGCUGCCAUUGACGGGUACUGGUACAUCAUUUAUGUCUCCAGAGUUUCAAUCAACUCUGAGUGGAUACAAAUUUCCAGAGUCGACGAAAGCAGAUGUCAUUUAUGGCUCAAAAAUAAGCAUCCGACAUAUGGGGACCCGUGGAAGUUAUUAUCUUCAUUCUCAUGAUCACCGCUACCCUGGCGGUAGCAAGCAACAACAGGUUACACUAUAUUCUCACGUUGAUGCAAACAAUUGGUGGUAUAUUUACAAAGGCGAUACAGAAGAAGUCAACGAGGUUGAGUACAUCAAGCAUGGCGAUAUUGUCCGCCUCAAACAUGCUUCUACAAAAAGAAGACUCCAUACCCAUGAUAUUAGACCUAUCACCAAUGAUGAAAAGUAUAUUAACGAAGUUAGUGCGUAUGGUUUUGAAAACUUUGACGGUGACGAUAAUGAUCUGUGGCGUGUCGAGAUUGAAGAUUAUGACGGGUCCGAUCCGUAUGCUAACGAGCGUUUACGUGCUCGUCGUUCAAAGUUUAAGCUAGUAUCAGUAAGUCAAGACUGUGAACUAUUUUCUCGUAGGUACAAGCUACCUGAAUGGGGUUAUAAGCAACAAGAAGUCGUGUGUCAUAAAAAAGCGCUAAAAGCAAAGACACUUUGGAUGAUUGAAACAGUUAAAACGGACAUGUUGCCUGAGGAAGCUGACGUCGUAACAUACGAAAAGCCUGGUUUCUUACGCAAAUUUUUAGAGUUACAAAAGGUGAUGUGGGAUGUCAAUAAAGGAUUGCCUUCAGCACAUGCUUAUGGCUCUCGACCUAAGGAUUGGCCUCUGCUUAAACGUGGUAUAAGUUUCUGGUCUAAUCGACCUCUCAAGAUCUAUUUACUUGGCAAUCCUAUUGUUUUCUGGUCAACCACAGCCUGUAUCAUUACUUACAUUUUGUUCAAAUCCGUUGUCACUAUCCUCGCUAAACGUCAAAUGCUUCCAUCGAGCGUUGAACAUCGCUUUAGCCGUUAUGAAGGAAUGGCUGCCUUUUUCUUUGCUGGCUGGGCCCUGCAUUAUUUUCCUUUCAACUUGAUGGAUCGUCAAUUGUUCUUACACCAUUAUAUGCCAGCUCUUUACAUAGCUACAUUGAUGUUUGGCGUGAUAUUUGAAGCCAUCACAAGUAGAUUCAAUUCGCCAUUACGUUGGUUUAUUGUAGUGCUUGCGAUCACUACGCUUGUUUAUGUGUACCGCAUUUUCAUCCCUAUCACCUAUGGUGAACCAUGGUCAGAAGGAAAAUGUCUUCAAGCUACCUGGAGACCCACUUGGGAUUUCCAUUGUACAUGGUAAGAAAUAGGAGAAAAAGGGUUUAUGUUGGGUGCGCAGUUCUCAUCGCGAAUCGUUUCAAACGUAGGUUUAAACCCAAGCUGGAAGCUGAGAGUGUCUCUAAAGAUGACAAGCAAGGGACGAGAGUCAGUAAAAAAUCCGAGAAGAGUACAAAAUCUAAAAGAGUGAAAAAGUCGAAAUCGAAUGCUGUCAAGAAGAAUGCCAAAGCCGGUAAAAACAGUAACAAGAAUGAAGUAAAGGAAGGGAAAGACGGUCAGAAAGAACGUGUGACAGCCAAAAAA